AUGCGACAUUUUGAAGCACUUCAUAAUGUUCCACCAUAUAAUUAUAAUAUUCCCGAUCCAGAAUUAAGUCCUCAUGGUCGAAGUCAAGCUGCAGCUACUAUUGAAACAAUAAAAAAUAGUAUUCCAACAAUAGAUUUAAUUGUUUGUUCACCAUUAACACGUGCACUUCAAACAUAUUUACUUGUUUUUAAUACUCAAAAUCAUACACCACUUAUUAUUCAUCCUGAUCUACAAGAAGUUUGUACUGAACCAUGUGAUAUUGGUCGUUCAAUUAAUCAAUUAAUGAUAAAAUUUCCAAGUUUAUUUGAUCAAUUAAAAACAAUGGAACAAACAUUUGGUAAUAUUGAAUGGCUUGAUAAAACUAAUCCAGAAAGUACUUAUUCACCAAAACAAAUAAAACAACGAGCUAAACGUUUUCUUCAAUGGCUUAUUAAUCGUUCUGAACAACAUAUUUUUAUUAUUUCUCAUAAUUUAAUGUUAAAAGAACUUAUACAAGGUGAUAAUCAACAGAGAUUUAAUUUACACAAUGGAGAAAUUCGAACAAUUGAAUAUCAAUGUUAA